ACCAAAAACAAAACUCUUUUCUCUUCAUAUUCCUCUUCUCUGUAAGAAAGAAAGAAAGAAAGAAAGAGUAGAAAAAAGAAAGCAAGAGUAACAUGAACACUACUCGGAGAGCUUCAUCUCGAAUCACGUCGGCAGCAUCUCAACGCAGGCAAAAACCAGAGCCAGAACCGGCAGUGAAGAAGUUCAUCAAGAUCAUUCUCCCGUCAACAAUCAAGGAAAAAAUGAUGAAGAUUCCGGCAAGAUUUGUGAGAUUAGGUCCUAAACUCACUGACACAGUGACCAUCCAAACUCCUGUUGGUUUCAAACGUUCGAUUCGCAUCAAACGAACCGGUAAUGAGGUUUGGUUUGACAAUGGUUGGAGUGAGUUUGCAGAGGCUCAUUCUAUAAGCGAAGGUCAUUUUCUAUACUUUUGUUACGAAGGGAACUCAAGUUUUCGUGUUAUGAUCUUUGAUGUCUCUGCUUCUGAGAUUGAUUAUCCAAUGGACAAAGUUCAUGUCAUUGAGAGUGAUGAUGAUGAGGUGAUGGAAGUUAUGGACACUGAUGAUGAAGAAGGGUUUACUAGGGUUGACAGUAGUGAUAAUGAUUCCAGUGAUGAAGAAGCGAUUGACUUGGAAAAAUUGUUGAAGAAGAAACCAAGAGUUAAUGUCAAGUCUGAGACGAUUAAUAUUGAUUAAUGUUGAAGAGACUGGCUCUAUGGAUGAGAGACUCAAGAAGAUAAGAGAGCCCUGAGGAGGAGUAAGAGAAGUUCUUAAAACUUAGUAUGUUUUUCUGUUUUUUUUUCCCCUUCAAAUGUCUCUGCAGUUUCUAACCGCAAGAUAGCUAUCCGUUUCUAGCCUCUUAAACAGGCUUGCAUGCUUAAUUUUAGUUAUAUAAUGUGUGCUUAUUAUGUAUUAAAUCUAAUAACUUUAGGCUUAAUUGUAGUAAGAACUUGGCUUCCUUGUGUAAUGUAUUGUCUAAUGUUGAAAUAA